CUCACUUUAUUAUAUGUCGACACCAAAUAGAGCAAAUCGUCGAUCGGACUCGAACGAAUCAUCUACCUCGCCAGGUCACAAGGUCCGGUAUGGAGGGAACUAGCCAGGAUCUGAAUUCGAAACAUAUCCAGCCUGAGGAACCAGAGCUCGAUUUUUACACCAUCCCUAGCCACUCCUGUUGGUUUUGUUGGGACGACAUCCAUGAAACUGAAAGAGUCGCUCUAAAGGAGUUUUUUGAUGGAAGCUCUAUUACAAGAACACCAAAAGUAUACAAAGAAUACAGAGAUUUUAUUAUUAAUAAGUAUAGAGAAGAUCCUUCAAGGAGGCUCACAUUCACAGAGGUUCGGAAAUCACUAGUUGGUGAUGUUAGUUUGCUUCACAAGGUCUUUCUCUCCUUGGAGAAGUGGGGGUUGAUCAAUUUCAGUGCACCUUCCGAUGGAGAUGAUUUUAUGGUGAAUAAUGAGGAUAAGCAUGAGGUUAAAAUUGAGGAAGGAGCUCCAAAUGGGGUUCGGGUUGUUGCAAUGCCAAAUUCUCUGAAGCCUAUUUCAGUGCCCCCUAGCAUGAGGUAUAGAAGGGGGGAAUUGGCUGAGAGUGGAUUCAAAUUGCCACCAUUGACUUCAUAUUCAGAUGUUUUUGGCAAUCUGAUGAAGAAGCCAACUUCAUUGGUUUGUGGGAAUUGCGGAGGGCUUUGUGAUUCUGGCCAUUACGAGUGUACCAAGGUGGCUCUCAUUUCAAGGAUGGUUGGCCCACAUAUCACAGCUGCUGCUGCUGAGGCUUCAGUUACAGAACUUUGUAACGAGACGUUGUGUCCAAGAGAAAUAUUUGAUGGCAAUGAGGCCUAUGUAACUAGCGGAACUGAUCAGGUGGAAGAUACAGAAAUGAAGGACAAGCCCUCUCAAUUAGACACUCAAGAGGCAUCCUCAGAGAAGAAUGACAUACCUCUAACUUUACGAAUUAGAGCUGCAGUGGCGACAGCUCUUGGAACUGCUGCUGCUCAUGCCAAAUUAUUGGCUGAUCAAGAAGAUAGGGAGAUUGAAAAUUUAGUUGCAACCAUUAUUGAGACACAGUUGGAUAAAAUGCACUGCAAGAUAAAGCAUUUUGAAGAACUUGAGCUGAUAAUGGAGAAAGAAUUUUUGGAAAUUGAGGAACUAAAAGAGUGUAUUUUAGGAGAGCGUAUUGCUGUCUUACAAAAGGCAUUUGAAGCUGGUAUAUCUAAACGGUGGGACCAUACAUUGUUAAGACCAUAAGUUGCUAGUAGUGGCUUGUAGCAUGGUAAACCUAAAGCAGCAGAAGUUAGAAUAGAGUAGAUCUUAUGUGAACCUUCAAGGUUUAUUAUAGCCUAUGCUUCAGUGUUUACAUUUUUUUUUGCCCAUUUCUUACAGUUGAGGAUUGCGGUCCCGGCUCAGUUUCUCUUUUUUCUGUUCUAUUGUGUCCAUGAAAUGGGCUGAUGAACAUCACCAUUUCUGUACCAUUGUUGGGUGAAUACUCUUUUGAAUAUUUGUGCAGGUUUCUUAGAAUUUUCGGUAUAGAGUGACUAUUCCUUCCAUGGGUCUUGAACCUUGAUGUUAACCUGCUAGGUGAACUCUAAUUUUUGUCUCAUUUUCUUGUUGGAGUAAAUGCAGACUGCAUUAAUAAUGAAA